AUGUUCAAUGUUCAGGUAAGAAGGCGUCCAUAGUGCUGCCAAGGGCACGGAUGGGCUUCUUGUGGUGCCCGGCUGUGGUCAAGGCGAAUCAAGUGCCCAUGGUGCUACGUGCUGUACAGCGGCAGUGGUGACCACCAAAAGAAAGAGCUGCUUCAUGUGGCUUGUAGUUAAACUGUGGAACUCCCUGCCACAGGAGGCAGUGAUGGCCAAAUUUGUGGAGGAAUUGUGCUGGAGUUCUGCUUGUGGGUUUCCCAUUGGUGUAUCUGGUCGGCCACAGCGAGAACAAGAUGCUAAAUGGGCCAUUGGACUGACCAACAGGCCUCUUCUUAUUUUCUUAGAACGGUAUCUAAAAAAUCCCAGUCUUAUUGCUUUCCCAUUAUAUGUUAAACCAUCACUUGUAUUUACUUUAUUUAUAAUGUUAGUCUUCCUUUCCUUUUUAAUUUCCCCCCCAUACUACCUACUUUAUUUGCAAACUCUGUUUCAAAUAUUUUAAUUUCUGUUUCAUUUCUUGCAACGUUUAAAUAGCUUAGCCUUUCUUAUUUCCUUAAUGCCUCUUCGUGACCCCCUGGACCAGAGCACGCCAGGCACUCCUGUCUUCCACUGCCUCCCGCAGUUUGGUCAAACUCAUGCUGGCCGCUUUGAGGACACUAUCCCACCAUCUCGUCCUCUGUCGUCCCCUUCUCCUUGUGCCCUCCAUCUUUCCCAACAUCAGGGUCUUUUCCAGGGAGUCUUCUCUUCUCAUGAGGUGGCCAAAGUCUUGGAGCCUCAGCUUCACGAUCUGUCCUUCCAGUGAGCACUCAGGGCUGAUGUCCUUCACAAUGGAGAGGUUUGAUCUUCUUGCAGUCCAUGGGCCUCUCAAGAGUCUCCUCUAACACCAGAAUUCAAAAGCAUCCAUUCUUUGGCGAUCAGCCUUCUUUAUGGUCCAGCUCCCACUUCCAUACAUCACUACUGGGAAAACCAGAGCUUUAACUAUAUGGGCCUUUGUUGGCAAGGUGAUGUCUCUGCUUUUUAAGAUGCUGUUUUUUAAGAUAAAACACAGCAAAUAAUGGAACCCAAAGAACAAAACAAUAGCCCUCCUCCCCACAGAUCUUUUUAAAAGGCUGUAGGAUAUGAAUCAGCCCAAGGCCUUGUUGAACUGGUCACAUUUGGGGCAGAAGAGGCUGCCUUAUAUUGAAUCACACUGGGGGAUCCCUCACCCAGCUGUUGCCUCUUGCCUCUCCUGAACGCAAAGCAAAACUCCCUUACGUGAACUCUGAUAGAAAGGCGAAUUUUUGCUCGGAGCAUGAGAAGGGUUCGCUUCCUCCGAGAACGUCAGGACAGCCUGCAGGAUCAGACCCACCUCCUCCAGCAGAGCCUCUCUCUGUAUCGUGGUGACCAGACAGAUGUAUCUGGGAUGCACACAAGCAGAAUAGGUGCAAGGGAGUCUUCUCCCCAUUCACACUCCCCAGCGAAUGGUGCUCAGGGACAUCAUCUAGGGAUGUUGGAGAAUUUGGGAUGGCUUUGAAAGAGGACUGGACAAAGCAAAAACAGAAACGGAAAUGGAAAUUGCCAGCGUUCCCUUAUUCACCCCAGGUCUGGAACGGAAACCAAUGUGAUGUCUGUAUUUGGAAUUCACGACUUUUGUUGCUUUCAGUCUGCAAAUCUUACAUAAAGGAUUGCAUUUCCCACCCACCUCAAUCAGUAUUGUGCUCCCUUUUCAUACCGCCCCCUUUUUUAAGAAUAGCAACAUUGGACGGCCUUAUCAAGUCUAUCUGAGGACUGCAAUACCUCAAGGACCACCCCUUUCCGUAUGAACCUACUUGGACCCUGAGAUCAUCUUCUGAGACCCUCCUUCAUGUGCCUCCUCCUCAAGAGGUCCAGAGGGUGGCAACACGAGAACAGGGCCUUUUCUGCAGUGGCUCCCCAGGGAAGUGCACCUGGUGCCUUAAUUAUACACCUUUAGGCACCAGGCAAAAAUGUUCCUUUUUAAGCAGGCCUUUGGUUGAUCUGAUGGACAUCCUAUGCCCUAUUAAAAUGUGUUUUUUGUUGGAGGCAUAUUGGGUUGGUUUAUUUUUAUUUUUAUUAUGUAUUUUGUGGUUUUAUAUCUUGAUUUUAUUCUGUGAACCACCCUAAGACCCCCCUGGUAUAGGGCAGUAUAUAAAUUCUAAUAAUAAUAAUAAUAAUAAUAAUAAUAAUAAUAAUAAUCUCCCAACCGCCCCAUGGGGUUUCUUCAGAUAAUAUUUGCCAGCCAGAUAGGCAAGGUAUAAGUAAUAAAUAAGUAAUAAAUCAUUAUUUUCAUAUUAUUCUGAUGGUAAGAGCCAUUUGAUGUUACAAUGAACUUCCUUGCUGGGUGAUGGACUCUCCUUCCAUGGAGGUUUUUAAGCAGACAUUGGGUGCCCAUCUCUCAGGGAUUCUCUAGGCGUCGUUCCUGCACUGCAGGGGGUUGGACUAGAUGACCCCUGGGGGUCUCAAUUCUCUGAGAAGAUGAGACUUGGCAGGGCAAGUUCUCCCACGGCUCAGUCAUGGAGGGCAAAGAUGGAAUUCCCGUCAGAAAUAUUUUCUGUGGCGACGGGCGCAUGCGGAUGGUGUCUCUGCCUGACCCGUUGGUGACAUUCUGUCGACUGGCUGAGAACGAGGGCUUCUGGUUUGUUGAGAAUCUCCCCCCAGUCGCGGCUGCCGGACUUGUCCUGCGCCAGGAAGCCUCCCUUCUCCUCCUCCUCCGAUUGUUCGGCGUGCCACCUUGCCGCCAGAGACCGUUAAUUCUAUUUAAUGGCUAAUUAAACGCUAAUUCAUGCUGCAUUUGGAACAGGAUUAAGGUCGGCGGGGGUGGAAGCCAGCAAAGAAACGGGAAGCUCUCACAGUGGCCAUAAUUAUCGAUAAUGAGCUCUGGGCUGUAAUUUUAUUAAUUAAAAGGGGAGAGAAGAGGCAAUAUCCUCUGGAGCUGUUCUCCGUCAGAAAGAGCGCUGGUGCCGGGAAGAGGUUUAAUGACCUUUUUGGAUGGUCCUGGGUCUUGAUCUUCAUCCCCAGAUGAAGUGGGGGGGGGGCAAAGGAGCUGGGGUUUUUUUGGGGGGGGCAGAAGAUGCCGCACCACCUCCUAUUCCCUCUAACGCUGAAAACACACCCCAAGACACAGAGGUUUUCCCCAAAAACAGUGUAAUUUCCAAGCCAGAUGCAGCUUUAAUUCUAGCCAAGCAAUAAUGAUUUGUCUUUACAACAACAUAAACCGAUUUGAUGUGCAAAGUGGUUUCUCUGUGUUAUUCUGCCUCCCUGCGACCGAGAUAACAUCCAUGGGUCUCCUGUUUUUCCUACAUUUGCUAUUGACCAAAUGCAUCCAGUACUGAUGCAUUAGUAUAAUUCCCCAGAAAGCAGGGUUAAAGUCCCCCGAGGGUAGGUUUCAUUUUAGAAUUCUUCUUUAUAUAUAAUUUUUAUGGAGUUUUCAAUUUUACAUUUCAAAAGAAACAUUUUGCGAACUUCAAAAUAUCCAGUGACUUCCCUUCUUCUCCUUCCAUGGUUCAUUUUAAGUAUCGUACAUUCCUGAAUAUUUUACUGUAACCAUUCAAAUCAGUUUUCCACUUUUACAUCCAUCAAAAAUCAUUUACUCCGUUGAAUUGAUCUUACUGCUGCCAGCGUUUUCAGGUGUAUACAGUUAUUUUCCAGAUAUUCAAUAAAUGUAUUCUACUCUACUUUAAAUAUAUGUUCUUCUUGCUCUCUUAUUCUAUGUGUUGAAUCUGCAAGUUCUUCAUAUUCUGUCAUUUUAAGUUGCCAAUCCUCCUUAGUUGGGGCUAACCAAACACGAGCCGCAGUUGUUGCAUACAUAACUAACCUUUUCUGACACCUAGGAAUGUCUGUCCAGGUUAUUCCCAACAGGAAGGUCUCUGGUUUUGGGGGGAAAGUAGUUUCAAACAUGUUUUUCAAUUCAUUAUAAAUCAUUUCCAAUAUACUUUUACCUUUUUUCAUGUCCACAUGUGAAAAAAGGCUCCCUCUUCUUCUUUACACUUCCAACCAUAGCUGUCAACUUACAGAUUUGAAAAUAAGGGACCAGCAGCCUCGAAAAUAAGGGAUCAGCAGCAAUAAUAAGGGAUUUUUGGAGCGCGGGUAUGUUCAACUUCUGAGCCCCUCCGAGCCAAAGGCAGAAAGCCCAGCCAGCAGCCAAAGGAAGCCUCAAGCGGUGGUUCCCACAGCGCAGCAACCCGGCAAAGGGAUGCAGUAGGAAACCACCAUCACCUCCGCUGGGAGCGCUGGCAAGGCGAGUCCCCAGGCAACUCGGCCGAUUUGAUUGGCACAAGGCAUGCAGCUCCACCCCAGUCGUUCUAGACUCCUGCUGGCUGAGCAAUGCAGCCAAGCAACACAGUUGGAGCUCCUCCUCCUGGCCGGCAGGGAGGGAGGAAGGAGCUGCUUCCUUUGACACCCGGGAAAUAUAGGGACAUCAUCAAUAAGGGACAGCAGCGGGACACGGCGCUGGGAUAAGGGACUUUCCCACCAAAUAAGGGACGGUUGACAGCUAUGCUUCCAACACAUAUCUGAUUCUGUUUCAUAAAUCUUAGCCAACCUACUCGGAGUUUGGUACCAUCUAUGAAUCAUUUUCAAAUACCGUAUUUUUUGCUCUAUAAGACUCACUUUUUCCCUCCUAAAAAGUAAGGGGAAAUGGGUGUGCGUCUUAUGGAGUGAAUGUAGGCUGCGCAGCUCCCAGAGUCAGAACAGCAAGAGGAUUGCUGCCACUGCGCAGCGAUCCCUCUUGCUGUUCUGGCUUCGAGAUUCAGAAUAUUUUUUUUUCUUGUUCUCUUCCUCCAAAAACUAGGUGCGUCUUAUGGUCUGGUGCGUCUUAUAGAGCGAAAAAUACGGUAAUUCUCUUUCAGUGAAUAACUUGCAGUAAAUUUCAGGGCGCUUUCCCAAAGUUUCUCCAAGAGGUUAAGAUCUAUAUUGUGUCCUUAUAUCUAUUGUCCAGUGUUUUGUUGUAGCUUUAACUAGCUCGUCUUUUGUUUCCCAUUCUGAUAAAAAAAUUAAACAUUUUAGACAGAAGGUAAUCCUUAUUUUGUUUCUUUUUCAAAUUGGGAGCUUUGGUCCAGAAAUCCAUUCUUUCUAUCUCAUUUAAACAUGUCGUAUAUCUGGUGAAAUUGCAACCAAUCUGUAACUUGGCUCCUUAAGUUUUCCAUUGAUUUCAGUCUGGGUUACCCCCCACCCACUGUAAAAUCCAGCAGAUCCCUGUAAAUUGCCCAUUGUCUGUCCAUAUUAACUUUUAAUUGUAAUUGUUUCAUUGGGAGAUGCCUGUUGUCUUUGUCCAUGGAGUUUUCUUGGCAGGGAUACUGGAGGGGCUUGCCGGUUCCUCCUCCAGGUGGAUCACGUUUGGUCAAAACUCUCCACUAUGACCUGUCCAUCUUGGGUGGCCCUGCACGGCAUAGCUCAUAGCUUCUCUGAGUUAUUCAAGCCCCUUCACCAUGGCAAGGCAGUGAUCCAUGAAGGGGUAUCUCAUUGAGAGAUAGCCAUAAAGGUGUUUUUUUUCUUUCCAGCCGAUUUUUAUAUUUCUCCCAGUCUCUAUACAGAUUCUUCCUAAGAAUGUGGUUCAAAAAACUCUUAUGGAUUUUAGCCUUCCCAUACCAAAGACAUGCAUGCCAACUGAAUUUUAAUUUAUGACCUUCUAAAUCUAAAAUGUCCGCAUUGUCCAAUACUAUCCAUUCUUUCAACCAACACAAACAAGCUGCCUCAUAAUACAAUUGCAGAUCUGGCAGGACGUAGCCUUCUCUUUCGUUUGUAUCUAUCAUAACUUUAUGUUUAAUUCUUGGCUUUCCCCCCUGCCAGAUGAAUUUAGAGAUAUCUUUUUUUCCCCAUUCUUUGAAUCAGCUUAAAUUAUUUACAAUUGGGAUUGAUUAGAUUAAAAACAGCAUCCUGGGAAGUAUAUUUGUUUUAAAGGCUGACAUUCUACCUAAUAUGUCAUGUUUUUGAUGAACAUUUUGGUUUUAUGAGAGUUUAUUUUGAAGCCUGUCACUUCUCCAAACCUUUUAUUUUUUUCUAAUGCUUUGGGAAUGCUCUUCAAAGGCUGUUCUAGUGUCAGCACCAUAUCGUCAGCAAAUGCCCUUAAUUUAUAGACUUUACACCUCACCUCAAUACUUUUAAUUUCCCUGUUUCGCCUUAUCUUAUGAAGCAGUAUUUCUAACAUCAUAAUCAGGGGUCAGCAAGGUUUAUCUUACCUGGGCCGGAUCGGUCCCGUGGAGAUCAUGAGCAUGUGUGCCUGCAAUUUCUGGCGUCUGUGCAGAUGUGAUUUCCGGCACCGCAGAAGCGAGUCCCCGCGCUGCCCUGCACUGCUUUAGCGUAGCGCGCGAGCCGGCUCCUUGGUUUGGGGGCGGCUCGUGGGCCAGUCAAACGACCUCCGCAGGCCGCUUCCGGCCCAUGGGCCUUAGGUUGCUGACCCCUGGUCACAAAAAACAACAGAGGAGACAAGGGACCACCUUGUCUCAUUCUUUUUUCCAUUUGGUGUUUGUCUGAAAGAAUGCUCUUUAUUAAUAUAUUUGCAGGUUGAUCAAUAUAGAUUGCUUUAAUUCCUGCUAGGAAAGAAUGACUUAUUUCCAUUUUCUCUAAAACCUUGAUUAUAAAUGACCAUGAAAUAUUAUCAAAAGCUGCAUAUUUGCGUGCUGAGAAGGAGGCUGGGGGGGGGGAGUGAGGCAUGGGGCCCGCUGCCCUUUAAAAAUGGGGUCACAAAUCCCUCUUGAGUCAACUCUGAGAACGUACCCAAGUCGCCCUGCUAACCAGGAGAGCAGCGAUUCCUCUCGAUUGAGCCGGGCCUGAAAUGCCAUUGGAUGAGAAGCCCAAGAGGAGCUUUGCUUCCAGACUGCUUCCUUCCUUACUCUGCUAUCCUUGUUUUUUUUCAAUAAUUUAUUAUUAUUGGGGAAUUAUAUAACCCAUCAGUGUCUUGACAGCGGUUGUAAAUUGAUGCUUUGUUGCCUGAGAUCCAAAGGGCCUUGGUGGAACUGCUGGGCAAGGGGAGCGCCCCCCCAACUUCUCCCCCCUGCUGCCAAGAGCACCUUCUGUUACCACCCAAUAAGCCAGAUUUCAAGGUGCUCAGAUGAAGCCUUUGGCGCAGAACAAAGCCCCCAUCUCCUUGCAGAGCAAAAUGGGGACGUGCUUUUGACACCCCUGUUCUCCACUGUGCAUGAGUGAGGUGGGCUGUAACGCGAUAGCAGAGGAUCUGCUUUGAAUGCAGAACGACCCAGGUUGAGCCCCCUGCAUAUCCAGGGAAUGCCCCCUGCCUGGGGGGGGGGCAGUCAGUGUAGACAACACAUAGCUCAAUCAAUGGCCUGGUCUGGUACGAGGCAGCUUCCAUCGCCACCCUUCAAAUUGCUGAAGGCUUUGCAGAAUCACACCCAGCGAUUCCGCCCCAGAACACACUGUAACCCCAUCCCUUGAGAGACGCGUCUGAAUUCUUAAGCUGGGGAAAGGCGGAGAUCUGUGGCAGAGUUAUCUCCCUGACAUUCAGAAGGUCCUGGGUUCAAAUCCUGACCUCUCCAGGUAGAGUUGGGAUCAUCUCUUGCCUGAGUCCCUGGAGAGUCUCUGCCAGCCCAGUGUGGACAAUACUGCAGCAUUUUUUCCUGGUUGUUCUCAGGUUGUUGGUGAGACGUCGCCAUUCUUAUCACCUUCUCCUAGAUUGUUUCCAAAUUCUUUGGAUUCCAAGUUGUUUUUAUCACAGAGGCACUGUCGUUGUUAUCAUCAUCAUCAUCAUCAUCAUCAUCAUCUAUUAUUUAUACCCUGCCCAUCUGGCUGGGUUUCCCCAGCCACUCUGGGUGGCUAACAACAGAAUUAAAAGCACAAUAAAACAUCACACAUUAAAAACUUCCCUAUACAGGGCUGCCUUCAGGUGUCUUCUAAAAGUCUGGUAGUUGUUGUUCUCUUUGACAUCUGCUGGGAGGGCGUUCCACAGGGCGGGUGCCACUACCGAGAAGGCCCUCUGCCUGGUUCCCUGUAACUUGGCUUCUUGCAGGGAACUGCCAGAAGGCCCUCAGAGCUGGACCUCAGUGUCCAGGCAGAAUGAUGGAGGUGGAGAUGCUCCUUCAGGUAUACAGGACCGGAGCCAUUUAGGGCUUUAUAGGUCAGCACCAACACUUAGAAUUAUGCCCAGAAACGUACUGGGAGCCAAUGUAGGUCUUUCAGGACUGGUGUUAUGUGGUCUCAGUGACCGCUCCCAGUCACCAGUCUAGCUGCCACAUUCUGGAUUAGUUGUAGUUUCCGGGUCACCUUCCAAGGUAUCCCCACACAGAGUGCAUUGUGGUAGUCCAAGCGAGAGAUAACUAGAGCAUGCACUACUCUGGUCAGACAGUCUGCGGGCAGGGAGGGUCUCAUCAUGCGUACCAGAUGGAGCUGGUACACAGCUGCCCUGGAACACAGAGUUGACCUGUGCCUCCAUGGACAGCUGUGAGUCCAAAAUGACUCCCAGGCUGCGCACCUGGUCCUUCAGGGGCCCAGUUACCCCAUUCAGAACCAGGGAGUCCCCCAAACCUGCCUUCCCCCUGUCCCCCCAAAACAGUACUUCUGUCUUGUCAGGAUUCAACCUCAACAUAAUUUGUCAACAUAAUUUGUAUUACAUUUUUUCCUGAUUUUCCCCAUUCUCUCUCUCUCUGAAGCACCCAUUUCAGAGGCGUCAUUAUUAUCGCCACCUUCCCUCCUUCCAGGCCCACAGCAAGGAUGGUUGUUUGAGGACAGGGGUGGCAAGCACAGUGCAAAGGCAGAAACACUACAGUUCCUCAUAUAUAUCUAAUCUUGACAUAGGUGAAUGAAGAGUUGUUGUUUUUGUUUAGUAGUUUAGUCGUGUCUGACUCUUCAUGACCCCAUGGACCAGAGCAUGCCAGGCACUCCUGUCUUCCACUGCCUCCUGCAGUUUGGUCAAACUCAUGCUGGUAGCUUCAAGAACCCUGUCCCAGCCAUCUGGAUACCUCUGCUCGUCCUGGCUUCUCCUUGUGCCGCUCGCAGCCUCUUCCCAACAUCAGGGUCUUUCCCAGGAGUCUUCUCUUGUCAUGAGGUGGCCACAGUGUGGGAGGCUCAGGGUCAGGAUCUGUCCUUCCAGUGAGCACUCUGGGCUGCACUUCUCCUUCAGAAUGGAGAGGUUGGAUCUUCUUGCAGUCCAUGGGACUCUCAAGAUUCUCCUCCAGCACCAUAAUUCAAAGCAUCAAUUCUUCGGUGAUCAGCCUUCUUUAUGGUCCGGUGAAUGAAGAGAACUCCCCCCAAAUGGGCUGUUCAGAAGACCCCACAGGCCAUAAAUUCACCUCUGACUCCACCUGUCUCCACCCUUAAUGCCAAAUUCCUUCAUUUCUUUGUGUGUUCCUUCCCUCUUCGUCUAGGUCAGCGCUGGCGGCAAGACCCUGGAGGAGAGGCGUUCCAGUCUGGACGCGGAAAUCGACUCCUUGACCAGCAUCUUGGCUGACUUGGAGAACAGCUCGCCUUACAAGCCGCGGACGCAACAGGUCAGAGUUGGGGAGAGAUGGCAGAGGGACACAGGGCCCAGGGGCCACACUCAGCCUCUUCUCUCGGACGGGGGCUUGAGUUGGGGCCGUACAUUGUCACAUGCUGCCUGUUGCAUUCAAAACAGACUGUGAAAAAGUGACAAGGUAUUUUUUUAUUUUUCAUCAAUACCGCGUAGAGCAGCACGCUGGUUCCUACCACAUCAGUGUUCCGUGCCUCUAUUCUGUUAGCAAACUGCCUUGAGAACGAUGCAAGCCACUAGUGAAUCCCUCCCCUUUUAGCAGGUGAAAGACAAGCUUUCCUUGGAGGUUUUUAAGCAGAAGUUGGGUGGCUCAUUGCCGCGGGUGCUUAGUAAUAAUAAUAAUAAUAAUAAUAAUAAUAAUAAUAAAUAAUUUUAUUUAUAUCCCACCCUUCCUGGUUCAAAAACCGGGCUCAGGGCAGCUUACAACAAAUUUAAAACACUUAAUUGAUGCAACAAAAAACAGCAUAAAAUACAGUAUAAAACAUGGAUAACAAUAAAUUCAGAAUUCAAAAAUCAAUUUGGGGGAGGGGGAAUUCAUCCAAUAAACAUUAGAUGAUCACCAGGGCUAGCUGGCUAAAUUAGUCCUAUUUGGGCCAGCGAGGAGACCAGGGAAGAACCAGUUGUGGGAUCCCAGAGCAGGGAAUCUUCAUAAAAAGGGGAGGGGGAGGGAAGGAAGGGGAAUAAAAGAUCAGGCUAAGUUCAAAUUGAAAGCCAGGUGGAAUAGCUCUGUCUUACAGGCCCUGUAGAAGGAGGUUAAAUCCUGCAGGGCCCUGGCCUCAUGGGACAGAGCAUGCCACCAGGUCGGAGCCACCACUGAGAAGGUCCUGGCCCUGGUGGAGGAUAGCCUGACUUCCUUAGGGCCCGGGACCUCUAAACUAUGAUUAUUCAUGAACCUUAAGGUCCUCUGUGGGGCAGACCAGGAGAGGUGGUCCCGUAAAUACGAGGGCCCUAAGCCACAAAGGGCUUUAGCUGAGAUUCCUGCAUUGCAAGGGGUUGGACUAGAUGUCCUUCGGGGUCCCUUCCCACUCUCAGAUUCUAUGAUUCUGUGAAUGCUUGCAGGCCAGGGUGAUGGUAGCAGGCGCAGCCUUGCUUUCCCCUCCACAUUUAAGUGCUAUGCACGGAGCUUCUGCACCGAUACCUGUGAAGAGAAACCAGGCAAUUUGCUUAAAAAGAAGAAGCAACAGCCUCUCUUGGUCGCUGUGCCAGAGAAUCUUUCCCUUCUGACUGCCGCUGUCGCUCCUGCGAUCUGA